AUGUCGAACAACUGGCAGGAGGAGGCCAUGCGCCGCCUGCGCCAGAUGCGGCAGACCUCGGGUGGUAUGGGCGGACGCGGACGCCCUCAGAUGCCGCGCGGCGGCGGCCCCGCGCUGCUCGGCGGCGCGCUGCUGAUUGGCGGCGCCAUGGUGCUGUCCAACGCGCUGUUCAACGUCGACGGAACGCACAUCAACAUCCCGUGGUUCGAGACGCCCGUCGUAUACGACGUCCGAGCCAAGCCGCGCAACGUCGCCUCACUGACGGGCACCAAGGACCUGCAGAUGGUCAACAUCACCUGCCGUGUGCUCUCGCGCCCGCAGGUCGAGGCGCUGCCGCAAAUCUACCGCACGCUUGGCACCGACUACGACGAGCGCGUGCUGCCGUCCAUCGUCAACGAGGUGCUCAAGAGCGUCGUGGCCCAGUUCAACGCCAGCCAGCUGAUCACGCAGCGUGAGAUGGUCGCCAAGCUCGUUCGCGAGAACCUGUCGCGCCGCGCGGCCCGCUUCAACAUUCUGCUCGACGACGUCUCGCUAACUCAUCUCGCCUUCUCGCCCGAGUUCACCGCCGCCGUCGAGGCCAAGCAGGUCGCCCAGCAAGACGCCCAGCGCGCCGCCUUCGUCGUCGACAAGGCCCGCCAGGAGAAGCAGGCCAUGGUCGUCAAGGCGCAGGGUGAGGCCCGCUCGGCCGAGCUGAUUGGCGACGCCAUCAAGAAGAGCAAGUCCUACGUCGAGCUCAAGAAGAUUGAGAACGCGCGCCUUAUCGCCCAGCAGAUGAACGAGUCCGGCUCCAAGAACAGGCUGAUGCUCGACGCUGAUGGCCUCGGCCUGAACGUGUUCGAGACGGAUGAGAAGAAGGUGCGAACACUGACCGGCAAGGAGAUUGAGCUGGACAUUGAGCCCGGGUACAAGAUCAAGGAAAAGGUCGAAGAGAAGGAAGGCAUUCCACCCGUACAGCAACGCCUCAUCUACGGCGGCAAGCAAAUGACCGACGACAAGACCGCGGCCGACUACGACCUUAAGGGCGGCGACACGCUGCAUCUCGUCCUGGCCCUCCGUGGCGGCUGCCAAUAG